GUAUCGGCUCCAGUUUUCCCUUCCAGAUCUCCUUUUGGCACAGUAAGGGCUGUCAGGAUACUGUAAUCAGCAAUGGCUGCAGGCUUUGAGAAAGCGUGCCACCGAUGCAUCUCAAAAAUUGCCAGCAAUGCUUGUUUCAUUGUUGGACUUCUUGCAUUCCUAACAUUACCAUUGUCUAUGGCUUUUACAGGAAUGAAGUUUUUAGAUGACUGCCCAGUCCAACCGUUGAUUCCCUUAUAUCUGCUUGUGGGUGGUGUGGUUGGCAGUUUGAAGGUUGGUCUUCUGCUCGUUGACUCCACCCGGAUGAGGCAGUUGCUUUCCAAAUCAGUAAUGAUUGAUGACGAUGAGGACGAUGAAUAUCCAUGGAGGCAGAACGCUCACAAAUAUUACAUCCAUCUGGCCCUCAGCCUCUUCCUCUUCCUCUGGUUCAUUCUGGGGAACUACUGGGUGUUUUCGGUCUACCUGCCCAAUUUCAUCCCGCCUUUCCAUCACCCCCAGGAUUACUGUGAUAAAAUCCUGUAUGUUUUUGCGGUUGGGGUGCUUGCCGUUAGCCACACUGUGCUGGUUUUCCUGAUCUUCUGCAGCCUCUGUGUAUAUUGCUGUUCUAGGCAACAAUAUGCUGCAGGGGAGGAUUAAAAAGCCAUGGAAAGUCAGCUGCGGGACUAUUAGAAAAGCGAUAUAGAAUAGAAAGAGGCAAUCCUGGUGUUUCCUGGUCACGUCCGCUGUGCUCACCCUCCAUGCACACGGACUGUAUAUGACUAGCAAACGCCGCUGAGGAGAGUGAGAUCUGU